AUGAAGAACCCAAUGCUGGAAGCAGUGUCACUAGUGCUGGAGAAGCUGCUCCUUAUCUCCAACUUCAAGCUCUUCAGUUCAGGCGCCCCGGGCGAAGACAAGGCAAGGAACGCUUUCUAUGAGAUCAACUCUUUUCUCCGCGGCGACGUUCUGGAGGUGCCUUGGACCCACCUGACACACUGUGGCAUCUACCGUGUCGCCCAUAUGAUGCCCGACAUCCUGUUGGCCCUGACUGACGACAAGGAGCUCACGCAGAAGGUGGUCUCCAACAAGCGUCUCAUCCUGGGCGUCAUUGGCAGGGUGGCCAGCAUCCGCGUGGACACAGUGGAGGACUUCGCCUACGGAGCCGACAUCCUGGUCAAUCACCUGGAUAGGUCCCUCAAGAAGAAGGCGCUGCUCAACGAAGAGGUGGCGCGGAGGGCGGAGAAGCUGCUGGGCAUGACUCCCUACAGCCUGCUCUGGAACAACUGCGAGCACUUCGUCACCUACUGCAGGUUCGGCACCGCGAUUAGCCCCCAGGCCGACAAGUUUUGUGAGAAUGUGAAGAUAAUUAUUCGUGAUCAGAGAAGUGUUCUUGCUUCGGCAGUCUUGGGAUUGGCAUCUAUAGUCUGUCUGGGUUUGGCAUCAUAUACUGCCCUUCCUGCAAUUUUUAUUCCAUUCUGCUUAUGGAUGGCUGGCUAACUUCAUACCCUCGUUUCAGUGUGUGUAUUCUGUGUGUAGAUAUGUUUAUAUUUAUAGAGCACAAAUCAGUAUAAGCAUCGUUGAGAAAAAUGUGACCUGUAAUACUGCGAUCUGGAUAAAAAUGUGAUUAAGAAUCACACAAAGUGCUUACCGUGUAAGCCCAAGAACAAUGGCUUUCUGAAUCUUCCCAGGCAGUUCCAUUUCAAAGCACUGCGAA